CCUACGUGCUGCCCUGCCUGCCGCGUUGCGCAAAGCAGGCGCUUCCCCGCUCGGACGCCCAUUCCGGAGCUUCCUUGGGAGUUGUAGUCUGGCUGCCUCCCGGCGGCGACGCGCACCACGGAGCGCCGAACUACGUUUCCCAGGAGCCUUUGCUCGGGAUUGAUUGUUUGCUUGCUUCCCCCGCCCCUUUCCCGAGGCGAGGGGGCGUGCGCGCCUCUUCCUUGUAGUCCGGGCCGUGAGAAGCAGUCGGUGGCCGAGCUCCGCGCUUGCUCGCCAUGUCGCUGCUGAUGCGCGGGGUUUGCGCCGCGGGCGCCCGGGGCAUGUCGCUGCGCGCCGGGCCGCGCUGCUGCUGCAGGAGGAGCUUCUGGGCAGGCGGCUGCGGGGCGCCGCCGGGAGCUUCCCGCUGGGCUGAGAGACUCGGCUGGGGCGCGGCGGCGGCGGCGGCGCUGGCCGGGCUGGGGCUGGCCCGGCGGGCCGAGAUGGAGCGGCGGCAGGGGCAGCUGGCCGGGGGCGGCGGCAGCCGGGAGGCGGAGGGCGACGACGAGCUGGCGCUGCGCUGCCAGCGCUUCAUGGCGCCGCCGGUGAGCGGGCUGGGCGAGCUGCGCGACCGCCGCGGGGCCAUGCGGAGCCGCAUGGAGCUGCUCAUCAUGGAGACGCAGAGCCAGGUGUGCAGCGCCCUGGCCCAGGUCGACCGCGGCGCCCAGUUCACCGUGGACCGCUGGGAGAGGAAGGAAGGUGACCCAAGUUCCGGAGGGGGGUGCCGAGCACGCGCACGGAAGUGCACGUCCUACACGUGCACUUCGGGCUCCCGGAAUUGUUGUUGUCAUUGACUACUUUUUUCCCCCUGGCAAGGGCUCUCAAGGUGGCUUGAACCAAAAAAGCGUAGAACGUAAUAACAAUUUUUAAAAAAAUGAUAGAAUUUAUAUGAUCUGUUAAAGCAAACGGAUCGCUGAAAUCGUAGAGUUGGAAGCAUAGCUGUCAACUUUCAGAUUUGAAAAUAAGGGAUCAGCAGCCUCACCUGUCCCGGGGACAGUCUACGGGAUAUCUAACAAUCCGGGAUAGCAGCGGGAAGCAGUGGGAAACGGCGCUGGAAUAAGGGAAUUUCCCGCAAAAAAGGGAAGGUUGACAGCUAUGGUUGGAAGGGAUCCCGAGGGUCAUCCAGUUCAACACCCUGCCAUGCAGGGAUCUCAGUGAGAUCAUCUAGGUUAAAAGCAUCACAGCAAAGCACUCUCUCCUUAAAGGCAGUCAGUUCUGACCACCUCUACACAGAAAAUAAGCCCUGCUGAAUUCAGUGGGGGUUUCUUCCUUAAGUAAGCAGGGUUAGGUUUGCAGCCUCAUUGAUGCAGAAUUGCCACCACUGUACUCAAGGGACUUGGUUCUGCUGUAAGUAAGGUCAACCACAAGGUUACUUCCCCAUAAGUGUGUACAGGAUUGCAAGCACUGCUUGAGCAAUAGCUUUCAAAACAAAGCCAGAAUAGCUAGUUUGGAUUUGACUCCCUUCUUCACCCAAAGAGCUGGUGACUUGGAAUGUGAUUGCAAUAAACUAGUGCAAGGGUAAAGGAUAUGUAACCUGUGUUACAUGCACCUGAGUUAUGGGCCAUGUGAGUUUUAGGGGUGCCUGUAUAUAUGUGUGUAAUUGGGGAUGCUGCCACAGUGUCAUGUUUGGCUGUGUGUUUUGACUAUAAUAAGUGUGAGCUGUAGCGGGAAGUUUUCAAAGUGAGGAUUAAUUGCUUUUUGACACCUUUCAGUGGAUCUGUCAUAAUUUUGGUAAUUGAAGGCACACUUACUCCUAUCACUGUGUUUAUGGGUGAACUUGAAUCCAUUCGUGUUUAUAGCUAUCAAACUAGGACAUAGUAGCUUGUUUUGGAGCAUAAGAGAGUGUGGUCUUUGUGUGCAUACAGUUAAAAUGCCUAACAUAAGGAAGUUGCAGAUUGGAAGGGGUGGGAAGCUUAGAAUAUCUUAUAUUUGGCACUUUUUUAGUCCACCUUUUGUGAAUGGGAUCUGGAAUGUAUGUUCAUACAAGUCUCUUUAUGAGAGAGACGUCCUUUAGGGAAGACAGGUAGACAUCUGAGAAGUGUGUGCCUUGGAUUGAUAAUUGGAGUUUUAAAAAAUGUAAUCUUAUAAUUUUUAAUAUGUAAUAUAUAUGAGAGUACCUAACCUUUGAAUAGUUUCUGUUUGUGACUUUGUGCCCAGGGCUUCAGGGGCUGUUAAUAAAUGCCUCUCAGUUUUCUCCUGUUAAUCAUAUUUGUUUCUGGAGUGAAUUGCCAGAUAAGGAACAAAAUGUUACCUAACAGAAGCAGAAGUCAAAGUUGCACAGUUAAUUGAACUAGACCAUUUUUAGAGGCAAAAUUCCCUUAAACGAUUUGUGUUUAAUGGGCAGCUGACUUUUGAAGAUGAGCGCGACUGAUUGCAAGGGAGGGUUUUGUACAACUGAAGCCAGUGUGGCAUGCAGGGUGCGUGGAGUGAAACAGAUAAGAAAGGAGGGUCCCAUUGAGGUCCUAUCUGCUCUUUACAAAUAUCAGAGAACACUGCAUCUUUAAAACCUGGGGGGGGGAAAGCUAUCAUGUCUACUUUUUGUCCUAAUGCACAUCAUUUUUGAGAGGAAGCUUUAUAAAAAUAUCACUUUAAAUUUUAAAAAAAUAAAUAAGAAAGACUUAAUUGGUUGAUUUUCUUUCUGCUUAAUAAGGUAGUUUUUACUAUAGUUCUGCUUAGUAACAGAUUUUAGUUUUGUUCACACAUCACAAUAAGCCAAGGUUGCUGUCUUACAUUGGGAACCAGCAGCAUACUGGAAGCCACUGCCCAGUUACUCCUGCUUCACUCUUUCUUCCUGCAAGCCAGGAAGCUGCAAUUAAGCUUGACUUCCUGUGAUGCCCAAACCCAGGUUUGUUGCUCUUCAGCAAACCAGACUUAACCCAUAGUUUGCUGUUGGCUUUUAAAUGCUGGUUUGUUAGGAGGAAGCAGACCAGGAUUCUCCUUGUUUUGGGCAGUAUGGAAAGCCGCCCUUAAUGAUGGAUUCCUGGGUUGUUUCCCCUUUUUGUGCCUGGGGUAGGGUGAAAAAGGAAUAAUCUGACUGGGCACGAGCAUGCUGCUUAUUUCUGAAACCAUAAUAUGCUGGCCAUCUUGCGUAUUGUGACCUGCGAACAUGGUUGGUGACUGUUCCUUACAAGCUUCAGGUCAUUAGUAGCAAUCUCUCCACGAAGUGGUAAUGCAUCCCAACUUGAUUGAAGUUUAAUUGAAAUAAUACUUCUGUGAAUUUUUCAUGCCUCAAGAUAAUUAUUGAAAGUUUUAUCAUUGCACAGUUUAUCCCGCCGCUCAAAUGAUUGAGGGGCAUGGAUGAAAGGAAGACUUAAACAUCAAUUUAACUCAACAUCCUUCUGACUGCCACCAGUUUUAGCAAAAUCAUCAACAAAGUGUAAAAGUGUCAAGUCCCACCAGGCCCCUCCUCUGUAGUUUGAGUGCUGCCUUUUCCUGUUCUGAAGAGCCAAGCUACCAAAUUGCCUAGGUUUGGAUAACUAUAUGAACAGGUGUCUUUACAAAUGGCGUACACUAAUUUUGAACUGAUUGGUAGUGAAAUGAAAUCCUGCUUCUUGUUUUAAUAGGUGGGGGAGGCAUCAGCUGCGUACUGCAGAAUGGAGAAGUCUUUGAGAAGGCCGGAGUUAAUGUAUCUGUUGUUUUUGGACACCUUUCUGAAGAAGCAGCUCAACAGAUGAGAAGCAGAGGGAAAACCCUGAAGGGCAAAAGUGGUAAGGCAUGUUGCUCUGGAAAUCUGGAUCUGCCCAAGGCCAGGCUCUGAAUGGGAGCAAAGCAAGGCAGGCUUCAGGCUGCAUACAGGGCAAGCUGAGGCAGGGCUCAGGCACGAUGCAAGGCUCCGGCUCUGCUAUAGGUGCAUAAGAGCUCCAGUGUCACCUCAGCAAAAAACAAACAGAGACUAAAAAGUUGUGGGUCCAUGCACAUUGCUUCUGGGAUGCACGAUGCAGAAUUGGAAGCACGGUUAGAAAAAAUUGUUUUGUUUUCAGAGCUGGAUGGUGUUUUCAUUGUUGGCACAGACUUCCUUUAUUUUGCCUUAUAGGAAAACUGCCUUUUUGUGCUAUGGGAGUCAGCUCCGUUAUUCAUCCAAAGAACCCUCACGUCCCCACCAUACACUUCAACUACAGAUACUUUGAAAUUGAGGAGGCCGAUGGUAAGAACAGUAAUGAACCAGGAGUGUCUGAAUUAUAUGUGAGUGAAAAAAUAAUGGAGCCCACCUUUAGAAGGGAGAAUUCUUAUGCCGCAGUAAGAGAUUGAGAAUUGCCCUCCUUAACCUCUGCUUGCCUAAACAAGAUGAUCUGUGGCAUGUAUAACAGAUCUCUACAGCCAUGACCUAUUAGAGGAGUCAGCAGGAGGGAGAAAAGAAGAUUGAGAAGAUGUAGGUAGAAAAUUUAUCUCCUUUAUUCCCAGUGGGAUGACUAUCUCAAAGAACAUGAAUUUUACCGAUUAACCUAGGCAGUGUGGAAUCUGUUUGUCUUAACAUCCUAAAAAUAUCUGAGUAUUUUUCUUUACAAUGGUCUCUUCAGUUUUCCACAACUAUUUUAUGAAGCAUUUCAGAUGCUUUAAUCCCUGGUUUUGCAGGAUGUAUUCUGUGACCAAGGGACAGUAGUGUCAACCUGCCUUUUAUAUAUGAACUUGGUUUUUAUUACUUUUUAAAAGAAUUUCUCUCAUCCAUAAGCCUGGGAGAGUGCAGAAGUUAAAAUAAGUGCCUUAUAUGUAAUCAAUUUUCUCAACUACCCUUCAAAAUUUUCCUCAGAUGUAUUGGCAAGUAUAAUGCAGGCAGUUGCCUUAAGUUCACAAUGUGUGUGUGUGUGUGUGUGUGUUACAGAUGAGUCAGUAAGUAAAUGCAUUAUUCAUAUAUUACAAGAGUAAAUGUAAAAAAGUGAUGAGUUAGAGACUUCCGCUUGCAGAACAUUCCUGUCUGCUACAGCCUCCUGUACACCCUCAAAAUCAGCUCUAAGGGGUUGCAGGACCCUCCAGAGCAGAUUUUGUGGGAAUGGCGGAGAGGGGAGGAAGGGGAACUCCCAUUGCAUAAGUGGAGUUCAGGUCGUGGAGCGUUGGAAACAGCUCAAAUAUAUCUAAUAGCUUUCUUGUGGGUACAAUAAUUAUGUAGUUGUUGGGGGGGUUUUUUGCCCUUAGGUACGACACAGUGGUGGUUUGGUGGUGGAACAGACCUCACUCCAACUUACUUGGACAAAGAUGACGCCGUUCAUUUCCACAAAACUCUGAAGGAAGCCUGUGAUCGGCAUAAUCCAGAGCUGUACCCCAAGUUUAAGAAAUGGUAUGUAGAAAGCCCUAAUCAAAUUUUCCUUGAGGAAGGAAGAAACUAUCAUAAAACAUCUUGGAGCUUUUGCCCUAUAGUUUUAAAGUUGUCCUCUAUCUAAUAAUAGCAGUAGUAGUAGUAGUAGUAGUAAUAAUAAUAAUAAUAAUAUAUACCCCGCCCAUCUGGCUGGACGGCUCCCAACAGAAUAUUAAAAACACAAUUAAACACGAGACAUUAAAAACUUCCCUAAACAGGGCUGCUCACCAAUGUCUGUACUGUUGAGGUCAUUAAGAACUGAAUGGGAUCAGAGAGAGUCAAUUCUCUUCCCUCCCUCCGUCCCCUCCCCUCACCCUACUCUUCUGCUAAAGGUGGAGGUUAUGCAGCUGUGCCCCCCCCCCAGGCUGUAUAUAGUGAUGUAUUUCAAAAUCUGCCGAUAUAACCAAUUUUUUUUGUGCCUAACAUUCAUGGUUGUAGGUGUGAUGAUUAUUUUUAUAUCAAGCACCGAGGAGAACGACGAGGGAUUGGAGGCAUAUUUUUUGAUGACCUGGACUCGCCUUCAAAAGAAGAGGUCUUUCAGUUUGUGCAGAGUUGUGCCAAAGCCAUUGUGCCUUGCUAUGUUCCCAUUGUGAAGAAGCACUGCCAUGACACGUUCUCACCAGAGGAAAAAUUGUGGCAGCAGAUCCGCAGAGGGAGGUGAGCUUUGGAAGGCUUCAAACCAUGGGGAAGGGGUGCUGUUUUGCUCGUCAGUUGAUCAGCAAGAUGGCUAAUCCAAAACCUUUUUGCCCCUUUUUCAUAAAAUGUCAGUUUAAUACAUUUGAGGUAACCAAGAACCUUCUUCGUGUCUUUGUCCUAAGUCAGUGGUAUUCUAAUUUCUUCAUCAUCCGAAGCUCUACCAGGCUUCCAACUGCCAGCCUGUUGAGUUGUGGCCAGAACUUAAUUCAAAGACUGAAUUUGUUUCCCUGUUGGCAAGAUAAAUAUAUCCCCACCAAAUGAACUAUAUCAGCAUACUUGUAUCCACAAACUAAUGACAGUUUCUGAACAAUCUUGUUGCAGCAUUUGAAAUUCGAAGUGCUGACUAUGUCUGAUUAUCUUUCAAUUCUAAAGACAGCCUUGGAGCAUGGUUCUGGUUUUGUGAGAUCAGGGCGUUGCUUGAAGGGAAAAAACACAGGGGCUGCUUCGUGUCUUCUGAUAAACCGUGUAGAGGCUGGGAUUAGGGUAGCUGGGUUCUGUUUUUCCUUGCGCUAAGAUAAGCAGCGACAAGCUAACCAUUGUAACCCCUCUUUUCCCCAUUCAUUGUGACUGGUCUUUAAGAUAGAAAGUUCUGUGCUGUGCACAUUUUGAAAUUGCAGUUAACGUGACUCUGGCUGUAUCUUAUAACAGAGCUUUCCAAACUGUGUGUCGUGACACAUUAGUGUGUCGGCUGCAGUGUGUAGGUGUGUCAUGCAAAUGCUCCCCACACUCCUGCCGGCGCUAGAAAGGGGUUAGUUUAACCUCCGGUUUGCUAGUAAAACUCAGUUAUUGUGUUGUGAAAUGAUGCAUGUCUAAAAAGUGUGCCACCAACACAGACGCUUCAGGUUACAGACUCCGCUAACCCAGAAAUAGUACCUCGGGUUAAGAACUUUGCUUCAGGAUGAGAACAGAAAUCAUGCUCUGGCGGCGCAGCGGCAGCAGGAGACCCCAUUAGCUAAAGUGGUGCUUCAGGUUAAGAACAGUUUCAGGUUAAGAACGGACCUCCGGAACGAAUUAAGUUCUUAACCCGAGGUACCACUGUAUUUUUGUUUGGCUUUCAACCUCCGUCUCCUUUAAUUUGAGACACACCCAAAACUUGCUGCUUCCAACUUUUAAAAUGUUACUAGCAUUCAUUUUCUGUCCUGCUUCAAAGACAAUGGCUUAUACUCUAAGGUAGCAACUAGAGAAGGUGGCAGGAGACCUGUGACCUGUUGAGAUUGUGGCCCUGGGAGGGGAUUAGCGUAUGGGAUAAGGGUGCUGCUGUAGAGCUGAGAAGGCUUCUGUGGUUGGUUGGCAAAAUUAUGCCUAGGACUGAAAUGUAAUUUUCAGUCUACUGUGACUGGACUUGAAGGUGGAUGUUCAUUUGACAGUCCAUUCAGACAGCUUAUUUGGAAGCCCGUCUUCCUCUUUCUUGCAAAAAUAAAAGUUUUUCUGUGUUUCCUAUUUUGUUCAGGGAGACAAUACUGAGCAUUGAUUGUUGCACAAAUGCUGAAGUAGGUCUCACACUGAUGCCUUUUGUUUCUGAGCCAAGCAAAUGAGCAGUUCUUUUACUAGCAAUGUUGCUAACCUAUGUGCACGGCUGGAUUUAUUCCAAGUUUCUCUGCAAGCAUCGACUUUCAGAAUUCAGCUUAAGAUCCUUGGACUCUGAGUUACUUUUUUUUUUUUUUUUAAGCUUCUAAUGAAGUUUGACCUGAAAAUAGGUGGAAAGUGCUUAGUAAAAUCAUGAAGGCUAGGGUUUCUAUGCAGGAUAUCCCUGGCCAGGUACUGGAGUAGAAUUUCCUGCAGAACUUCUUUCCUUUACUUGUAAUUAGCAAAGCCAGAAUUAGUAACACAGUUUAAGGAAACAGACAAAAGUCUCUCUUUCUCCCCUGUGUUCUCCCACAGGUAUGUGGAAUUCAAUCUUGUUUAUGACAGAGGUACUAAGUUUGGACUUGCAACACCAGGAUCUAGGAUUGAAAGCAUUCUUAUGUCUUUGCCACUCACUGCCAGGUAAGAGCAUAAUCUCAACUUCUAAACAGAACUUUUCAGGUAUUGCUUGAUAGGAAACUAACAAGUUUUGUUGCUUUUUAAUUGCAAACAAGAUUUCAUUGCCGUGAGUUUAAAGAGAAGUGCCUGGUCAAGCUCUAAAUGUGUGCUAGCUAGCUUUGUGCAAUAAGUAGCAGUAACUAGCUUUCUCAGAAUCCACAUUUCCAUGUGCACUAAGCCACUAGGUGAAGAAUGUCCUUGCCACUGUGAGAAGAACACUUCCCUCUGGAGAGACCCGAGAGAGGAGGGGAUAGAUAGAUAUUUGCUGCUGCUGGGUGCUUAGUGAAUGGGCAACUGUGAGGGAGUGCCAUCAGCUGGGUCUUUUUCCAUGUUGUGAACCUGAACUCAGUAGUUCCUCAGGUUUUUAAUUUUGGGGGACCUGGCUGGGGAUAUUGCUACCAAUAAGAAACAACUUUCCUUUCCAUUGGAAAGUAUCCAGCUACUGUUUUUGUUCUGCUCCUCUGGAUUUGAUGCUUAAAUGAAGCACACGCUGAGUGUCUGGCCAGCACAAGAAACUCUGCUUCCCCUUGACUACCUGAGGGUCUGAUGAGUGUUCACCUGGGUUUGUGGCCAACAGCCCCCCCCCCCAAGUCCCUCCAUCUGCAUAUUUUCCUGUUUUGGAGAGAGAUGCUGCUACCAACUACAUGGGGGGGGGGUGUUUGGAUUCUUAUCUAGUAUGAGGAAGAGAUGAAGGAUAUUCAAAAGUCCUGCUUUACAUACAGGUAGACCUUUUCUCAGGGAGUUCUUAACUGCUUUACUUACGUGUCUUCCUGGCUAUUCUAAAGGGUCCCCCAACUCUUGGGAGCUGAAUUGGGGGGGGAAUGGAGUGCCACAGGCUGCAGGGAGAGGGCAAAAUUGGUGGACACCCCCUCCCCUCCUCUCUAGUGAAUCAAAAUCACAGAGACAUUUAUUGGGUCCCACUCUUGAGAUAUCAAAAGAAGUAUGAAACUGUACUGUCUAGAGAGCAUGCAUCCUGCUCUCCAGGUGAAAGUAAUUGUAUGUUUGUAAUUUUAAAAUUGUCUGCAGGUGGGAAUACAUGCAUUCUCCUCCAGAGAAUUCCAGGGAAGCUGAAAUCCUAGAAGUUUUGCGCCAUCCAAAAGACUGGGUGCCCUGACAAGCUGCGUCGGCUGCACUCCGCCAGCCAUGAAGAAAGGACACAAACUCCUGCCUGCUUGCUCAUCAAACUGCCAUUGUGUGGCAGUUAGUUUUUUAUCUCCUUAUUCUCUUAUCAUGUGCCUUAGAAAUAGUGUUUCGAUUUUGUUAUGUGUAAAUAUCCAUUUUAAAAGCCACAAGCUGCUCCGUUAGCAGUUUCUUGGUGGGAGGAUCACUUGACCAUUUGUACCGGUAUGAUACACUGCUGAAAAUGCAACAGGCUUGGUGCAGAGGCAGCCCAACAAGGUGAAAUGCGCUCAAAAUGUGGUCGGCACUCACUGCCCUAAAACUCUGCACCAGCUCCUAAGGUUUAGACCCAAAGCUGUUUUUCCAGGAACCUCCCUUGAUUUACCCUCCUGAUUGGCAUGAUUCUUUUGUAGGCUAUCUUAGCCCAUUUCAGCAGUUAAGAGUUGCUUUCUCUUUAAAUCCACUUUGUGUCCUAUGGGUUCAUGUAUUUUAAAGCUUGUCCUUUUGAUCUGCAAUAAUUUCUCAAAUGAGUAAUAUGAUGGGGAAUGUUUUGCAAUUAGAACAAUGUAAAAGAAAUUUGGACAGUGGUUUCCUGUCACUAGAUCACCAGUUCAGGUUCCUGUAAUAUGCGUUCACAAACAGUACUGCAUAAAUUACCUUAUAUAAAGUACAGUGCAUUAUGUUUGGGAAAGGGCCGUAGCUCACUAGUGAAGCGGAUCCUUUGCAUCCAGAAGUUCAAUUCCUGGUUUCUCCUGUAGGGAAGAGGGAAUCCUUUUGUGUGUGAAACUCUGGAGACUAGCCUCUGUCAGUCAUUGUCAUACAAUACUGAGUUAGAUCGACCAAGGGUCUGAUAUUGUAUUGGGCAGCUUCCUAUGUUCCUACAUAUUUGAACAUGUGCAAGUUUUUUGAACAUUUUCCCAGCAGAUGCACAGAGUAAGUAACAUUUCUCACUUGCUGGAUGAAUUUUUUUCAGCCUUUGCCCUCAAGAAGCCUUAACCUAGUCCAAGGGAGGCGUUUCUACAGGCCCAGAAGCAUGGCUAAGAGCAUCCGAAUAGGGUUGGGCAGUGACAGCUUGGACCAAUUUUAGAAGUUGUACACUCUUUGUAUUUCCCCCAUUUGUAAAUAAAAUGAAAAAGCUGCAUGGAAUAGAAUGCAUACCUUUCGAUUUUCAGUUCUGUCUCGUAUUAACAUUUGCAAGUGAUUCAUUCCAAACAUAAAAGUGAGCCUAGUGACACUUGGAAAACGACCGUAGACAUAUAGACCGUAGAAAGCUUAUUUUUAUACCACUUCUCAGCCCAAAAGGCCCCCAAAGCCUCAAUUAAUUCAAAUUGAUCCUGUCUGGGUUGGCAGAAUGUACUGAAGGGAUGUGUGGUGAUAAAAGAAUGUCAGCUGAGAAUGUCUUAAAAAGAGCAAAACAUACUUCUGUCACAUCAGAUUUAUGAAGAAAGGAUUCUCUGAUCUCAGGUUUACUGCACCUGCACCUUGUCAAGAAAGGCUUUUCUUAAACACCAAGGCUUAGAUUUUACAUGUGGAAAUGGCUCUAUGCCUGUGGUAUGAUGUUCUUCUACUUGUGUUGUAGCGAAGGUCACAAUACGUUUUUAAUAAUUGAGCCGGAGUGUGCUUCCUUAGAAUUUUAAGUGGUUGGUUUGUUUUUGGCAACGCUUUCAGUGGUCUCCCUUACUAGAAACCUAGCAGCAGGGGUGUAACAUUCAUGAUCUGUUAGCCAUGCUGGCUAGGGCUGAUGAGAGUUGGUGUCCAACAACAUACAGAAGGCCACAAAUAAACUCCCCUCUGGAUUAAAAAUUUUCAGUAGUAUAUUCUGCACUACACUAUGCACUAGUAUAUUAUACCAUGCACACACUUGGGAGUAAACCCGCUAGAACUCAUUAGGGCACUUCUGAGUAAACAUACAUGGGAUAUUUGCCUUGAGCUUUAUGGGUUUCAGAAAAUGGAUCAGCUCUUUUGUGCAAAAGUUAGUUUUGUGUUUCUGUGUGAAUGUGUGUCUUCAAUUGUUCCUCAGUUUUUCACCCAGUGCAGAAAAUGGAGGAAUCUGCGGCAAUGGAGAAGCUGGAAGAGUCAGAGAAAUUCCAAAGGCUGCCAUGUUUUGUAGAUUUGACCAAAUCCUUGAUGAUAUUCUGCCUCCAACAACAUUUGAAAGUUCCCAGUAUCAUGUGCUAAGCGUGUUGCUUAAUAAGUGCUCCAAUGCAGUAGCAAUGCUAUGAUUGUUUACAUUGCUACCUUUUGAAUCUUGAAUCAGAAAAAAAUGCACUAGUGUUCGUUGGCUGUAACUAUUUGAAAAUAUUGCUCAAGUUUUGCACAACAGCGUUACCAGUUUCUUCCAAGAUUUCUCCCCACCCCAAUCAUUUAAAACCCCUGGUUUAAAAGGGGAAUUUUUCCCCUUGAAUUUUUCCAUGUCUUCCAUUCUCCCUCCUGCACAGCCUUCAAAUCUACAAAACCUAAUAACUUAUUUAGUGCUCUUACAAAAUGCUGUUGACUUUAAUGUUCUGUUUGCCAGCAGAACUUCACAUCCUUUACUGUGAAACUGAAUAAAGCGGCUGAGGCUACAAACCUG